GCUUCAACCCUGAUACUCCGUCUCUCACGCUUCCUCUUUUUCUUCCUCGGCUCCAACCCGCGUCUAUACUAUCAGCUACUUAGCUGAGAUUAAGAGCUCCGAGAAGAUGACUUGCAAGUCAGUCUUUUAUUCCUUGCAGGAGGUUUUCCCCCAACUGCUUUUCGCAUAACAUGUGGGCUGUGGAGCACCAUCAAGCGGCCCCCAAGUGAAUUGGUGUGCCCUAGUUGCCACUCAUGAGGUUUUAAUUCGAAAGGCUGUUGCGUGCUGUUCCGCAAUCCACAGCGUUUGCAUCAUGGUCAGCCUUUGAUAGCAGAUGCCUGGAAAAUAUACCAUGCCCUUUUGGUAUAACUAUAAUACAUAGAUCUUCGUAUCCUAAAGGCUGUUGCAACUGAAUAUUCGAAGGAUGUUGAUGCAGCUGUUGAAUUUGUUCUUUUGGAAGUUUUACCAUGUAUAAGUGAAACAAGGGAAACAUCUUAUACACUUGAUCAUGCUUAUGACAUGGAACAUUCACUUGCCAAUGCCGGAAUGAACAAGCAGGAUAGUUUGUUGGGACAUCAGGGAGACAAAGAGAAUACAAGUCUGCUCCCGCUCCCGGAACCAUUCGUUGUAUGUGAAAGUGCUAUUUCUGAUAAUUACACACAAGCAGCUAAUGCUGAGUCAUCAUGCAUGGAGAAAUCAGUAAGCAAAGGUUCGCAUGUAGGAAGGCCAAAUGAGCCAGGUUUGUUUCCCUGUCCACAUGAAGCCGUUGAUGUUACUGCGAGUCCAUCAUCACAAGCCAAAAUGAUGGAAGAUGCAAUAGAUCUUAUUUUUGAUCAUACAAUUAAUGCUUUUGAUUCAAAGCCACACUCCUUGGAUGAAAUAGUCAUGGACACUUCACCUUCCAAUAUCCUUGUCCAUGAUCACCUGUCCAAUGCAGAACAUAGAAAGGCAGUCAAUCUGGUAGAACAAAUAGUUGAACCGUGUCAGGGAUUGGCAAAAAAUCAGUGUGUUUCUCUUGAUGGUACUGUCCAAGAAUUGUAUGGGACAGAGGCUAAUGGUACUGUGACAUGUGUUGGUAUGCAAGCUCAGAAAUUUUCAACCCCAAUCUUUGUAGGCAGUACAGAUAUAAUGGAACUUGGUGCUGCUGUAGAGAAGGAUAUGAAUGGUCAUGAAGGUGAAUAUAAAGAACAAUUAUUGAGAUGUUUGACAGAGGCUGCAAAUAUCCAGGAUUUAUGUGAUUUAGAAGUUAAUGACUCUGUUGUAACUUCCUUUACCCCGUCUGGUGAUAUCUCAUCAUGUAAUCUUGAAAACAGUACAGACUCUGUGAAGCAUGCUGAGUUGUUGGCCUUUGAGAAUAAGAUGGCUUCUUCAGGUGAUAAUUGUCAAUCUUCAAUGGUAGCUGGUCGAUCUGGCCAGGUUGUAAAUAUUAAUUUUCUUGAAGAUUCUAUCCUUGAUGCUGAAAACAGCAAGAAAACAUUGGAAUCUGCCUUGGAAUCAGUUAUUAAUAUGGUAAAAGCAGUAGAGCUUCAUGAGGAGAGAGCUAAACAGGCUAAAGAAGAAGUUAUCAUGGCCGGUCAAGAUAUUCUUACUAAGGUGGAGGACCUCAAACAGAUGGUGAAACAUGCAAAGGAAUCAAACGACAAGAGAGCCGGGGAAGUUUAUCAUGAGAAAUCCAUAUUAACAACUGAAAUUCAGGAGCUUCAGUCCCAGAUUAUCAAUAUGUCAGAUGAAAGAAACAAAUCUCUUUUAAUCCUUGACGAGAUUCACCAAAGUCUUGAAACACGAUUAGCUGCUGCAGAGGAAGCACGGGCAAGAGCUGAGCAGGAAAAGCUUGAAAAGGAAGAAUUGGCUCACAGGGUUCUUGACGGGCAGGAGGCUAUCAUGGUGACCGUAGAGCAUGAGUCUAGAAGACUCCAACAGGAAAUGGAGGAGAACUCCAAGUUGAGGGAGUUCUUAAUGGAUCGUGGCCGCAUUGUUGACGUCUUGCAAGGAGAGAUAACCGUUAUCUGUGAGGAUGUGCUGUUGCUCAAAGAAAGAGUUGAUGGACAUGCUCCACUCGACGGAACAAGGACAUUGCUGACUUGCAGCUCGACCUCCUCAGGCAGCUCGUUAUAUAAUAAAAAGUUAUUCGCUGACCAAGUUCUUCAUCCUCUAGAUAGAGAAAGCCCAAGAAUUAAUGAAAAGUCAUCCGAAAACCAGCUUCUGGAAGGAUAUGUUAGUGACAAUCACAAGGCAUCUCUUGAUGAUGACUGGGUACUUUUUUGAUGAUAAGACUGAGGUGUACAGCUGAUAACCUGUGGUUGUCUGAACAGCUUGCAUCAGACAUUGAUUGAAGGCUUGCUUCUUGACUUGCUUCAAAUUAUAUUUCCAGUUUCCCUUUCUGGUUUCUUAAGAGUAAGAUAUGAACUACUUGUCUAUGUAUCAGUUGUAUGUACAUAUUAUCGUUGACUGCCACUCUUUGCAGUUGUAAAUAUGUGUAUUCACCUUGAAAACACUUUUUUUAUGAUACCUUCUUCAGUUGUUGGCCUUUC